AAAAGAAGACUAUUCCCCUUCCCCAUGGGCCAACGGCCGAAGAGAGGACAGCCCGCAUCCAAGCUAUCCCUGUGGAAGAACGUUGGUUUGUAAGCUUGGUCUCUGAGUCUUCAGGUAUGCCUCCCACUUUAACUCCUGAUAGAUCUGUCGGAUUAAGGCGUUCUCGACGUAAUAUGAAGUCUUCGCGUAAUCUGAUUCAAGACUCGUCUGUAGUCUCAAUUGAGGAUUCAGGCCAGGAAUCUGAAGGUUCUAAAGCUGGUGCUUGUGAGAAUGCAGAUGCUUAUGUCCCUAUGCAGGUUGUCUUUCCUACCGGUGAGAAUUCUCAAACUGGGAAACGUCCUUCUCAGUCCGUUGCCACCUCUUCGUCCAAUUCCAAGUUGCCUCCUACGGAUUACGAACUCUUGACUAUGGCUUCUAGGAAGAAAAGGGUGCCCUCUAAACUGCCCUCUCCUCUUCCUAAAAUCCCUAAGCACUCCACUGCUGAAGCGGCUCAGACCUCCACCUUGCCUCGUGGGAUGACUAAACCAGAGCCCAGUCCUGCCCCGGUGAGGAUGGUUGCAUCCUUCUCCUCAGAAUUCUGCCGAUUGAAAGACACUCUACUUAUGAAGGACGAAAUGGCUCAGGUUCUGCUUCCAUCAUCUUCUGCUGCCUUCCAAGGUUUAUCUCCUGCUGGCUUAGCGUUGGCCUCAUCUGCUCUUGCUUUCCAGGUUUUGUACUCAACCUCCUUCAACCUGUUAAUCAAUGAAAUGCUUUCUCUUAACAUGCUAAAUGAACUUGGCUUAUUCGUUCAGAGCACACAGGCUAGUCUCGUUGCUGCAGAGAGGUUGACUUUAAUGGAGAAAACUAUUGACGAUCUGAAGAUGAAGGAGAUAACUAUGCAAAAGUAUGCUGAUGCCAACGCCCGCCAAAUUUUGGAAUUGCAGGAGCAGAAUUCAGCCUAUUCUGCCCAGGUGUCGCUUUUGAAGGACCGCAUCCUAGCACUUGAAGCAUACGGGAGAAAGAAGAAACAAGAAGUCACUAAUGCAGCUUGCUUCUAUGCUUGGAAGACUCGGGGAGAACUUAUGGAAGCGUUCCUAGCAGGUGAGACUUCCGGUUGGAAGGCUGAGCAAGAUGUCGCUUCCUGGAGAGAGCUUCAAGAAGAGAUGGACCCUCCAAUCGCUGAUGAUGGUUUUGACGUUGGUGAGUCUGAUAACGAGGCUGACUCGUAAACUUCUCCUUAAUGUAAGGCACUUUGCAAAACACCUUUAACUUGGCUCCCAGUACCUUGGUGGUUCAUCCAGGGCGGAAAGUAUUUGUGACAUCUUCAUCUCAG